UCCCGGUGAGGAGCAGCCCUGCUCACAGCGGACCGGACCGCCGCGCAGGAAAAUAGACUCAUCGCUGCUAGUAACCCAACUUUUUUUUAUUAUUAUUUAACAAAAAGAAAAAAGGGCUUAACAUGUCUCUGCAAACUGGACGGGAUGGUCGCAGAGUGGAGGGAUCGUGCCAUGACAUUACAGCACCGUGUUGUUGUUGAUGUAGCUUUGAGUUUUGAGUUAUUAUGCUCUCUCGAAAGAAAAGUAAAAACGAAGCGUCUAAACCAGCCGAGGUACACGGGAAAUAUGUGAAGAAGGAAACAUCGCCUCUCCUCAGAAAUCUUAUGCCCUCUUUCAUCCGCCAUGGACCCACUAUUCCCAGACGCACAGAGGUCCCUCUUCCAGAUAUGGGGCCCUCUUCCUACCCUGUGGCCCCCAGCCGGGAGCCCGUGGUGUCCCGCAACAAGAGCUUCCUCCGUGCCCCCGUGCAGAGGCCUCCUCAUGAGGUGGCCCGAAGAGAGAGCCACCGUAUGUCAGCACCUCCGUACCUGCCUCGCAGUCUGGGAGACCAGCCUCACGAGUACGGGGGCUCCUCACAGUCCUUCCUCACAGACGUGAGCCCCAUGUCUGAGAACGGAGACGCUGCCCGCUAUUAUUACCCCUCUGAACCUUACUAUGAGAACCAACAGCAACAGCAGCAACAGCAACAGCAACAGCAACAACAGCAACAGCAACAACAGCAGCAGCAACAACAGCAGCAACAACAGCAACAGCAACAGCAACAGCAGCAGCAGCAGCAGCAGCGCCAGCCCAGGAGGGUCCCAGACCGCUUUCCUGAGGACUAUAGAUACUAUGAGCACAAUGAACACAACUUCCAAAGAGUUCCACGACAGCACACUCCCCCGGCUCCAAGUAGACCCCCUUCAGGCAUAGGUCGAAUACAGGCCAAGUCCCUGGGGAACCUCUCCAGUCUGACGGGAGAGGACCUCCCUCUUCCGGCCGGCUGGACCGUCGACUGGACCAUCCGUGGCAGGAAGUACUACAUCGACCACAACACUAACACUACACACUGGAGCCACCCUCUAGAGAGGGAAGGGCUCCCUCCAGGCUGGGAGAAGGUGGAGUCGGCUGAGUUCGGGGUCUACUAUGUGGAUCACAUCAACAAGAGGGCACAGUAUCGUCACCCCUGUGCUCCGAGUGUGCCUCGCUACGAUCAGCCCCCACCGUUACCACCUCCUGUGACCUAUCAGCCGCGUCCUGCGGAGAGGAACCAGCCGGUGCUGGUGCCAGCUAACCCGUACCACACAGCCGAGAUCCCAGACUGGCUGCAGGUGUAUGCACGCGCCCCCCUCAAGUAUGACCACAUCUUGAAGUGGGAGUUGUUCCAGCUGGCAGACCUGGACACGUACCAGGGAAUGCUGAAGCUGCUGUUCAUGAAGGAGCUGGAGCACAUCGUCAAAUCCUACGAGGCGUACCGGCAGGCGCUGCUGUCCGAGGUGGAGGCUCGCAAACAGCGGCAGCAGUGGUACGCCCAGCAGCCCAACAAGAACUUCAUAGGGAACAUGUGAUAUGUGUGUGUGUGCGUGUGUGUGUGUGUGUGUGUGUGUGCAGUGGGGACUCCAUCGCUGCCACACCUCUCUGAGGUUCCCACAGUUUGGGAGCGGUCAGGGUUUCCUUUGAAAUCAUGAUUGACUCUUAAUUGCCUCUUUUUACCAAACACAUCUGUGCCUUCGCUUAAUCCAAAUAUAUCAGCCAGGAAGUCAAGACGCACAUUGGUGGUGUUGGGGGUUGGUGGGGGUGGGGGUUCCUCUGAAGCCCCUUUAUCCCCCCUUCCCCCUCCUCAAUGUGACACUCAAUGUAUGAAUGACUGUGUGACUGAAAAGAAAAAAAAACUCCAAUGAAGAAAAUGAAAAACCUAUAAUGUGCUACAUCUGGGGAGACUGCUUGUGGUGCCAUUUACAGCCACUGCCCUGAGAGCUGAAUUGCUGUAUGGAUUUUUUGUUUUAAAGACUGAGGAGUACAGUCUGAAAAAAACUCUGGAUAUUUGUUCAAAAACAUCCUGAGAUUGUGCCUUUUUUUUUUUUUUUUUUUUUUAAUAACAUUAAACGCAGCAUUUCUACAAUGUCAGCUCAUAUCGUGUAUACACCAGCUACUCCGUCGUUUUUUCCUGCAGGAGAAAAAGACAGGCAGCUUCUUCUAAUUUGUUUCCGUAUUAAAAUACUUUUUUCCUUUUUGCUUUUGUUACCCUCAUAAACUGAAACCACACUUUUUUCUACAUUAAACAAAAAAAAGUGUGCAUUGUUCCUUUUUAAAAAAAAUGACAUAUCCUUAAUAAGACAAUCCACCAAAACUUUAUCAGAUAUUUAAGUUUUGAUAUGAAACACGUCUUUAUUUAAAGACCUUGUCGGAUGAAGCAUCACAUUUGAUGCAGUGGUUUGAGCAUCUCGCGGCUCUCGGCAUUACUGUAAGUCAGGAAUAUUCUUGUGUGUGUUUAUAUAAUGAAACAUAAAUAAGCUACUGGAACUUUUUUUUAAAAAAACACUUCAGAAGACAUUUAAGUUUGCCAAACAAGUGCAAUUCUCCUUGUUUCAUUCUUUCUGGAUAUUUCUUGCCUCGGUAAUGCCUUAUUUUUUUAUGGACUGACACGUCUCUCUCUUCUGUGAUUAAAUUGAAGUGCAGAUUCUUGAAAGCUUAUUCUACUGAUCACCGAUCAAUCGCACACUUUUAAGAUACUCAGAAGUGUCUUUAAGCCAUAGGUUUUGUCUAGUUGAGGCCGGUGCUAGUUUUCUACAAUUAUUUUUCACUCGUGGUAGGAAAUAUAAGUAGUUUAUAACACUAUUACCUUUUUACAGUUGCGUUCAGGUCUCUUCUUAAACUACCAGGAACUUUACUUACAGCAAGAAUAAGAAAUACAAGUGUUUGAACUCUUUAAAGAGUGUUUGAUCGGUGGACAGUAGAGUAGGUUUAUCGAGAAUCUCAGCUUUUUUGUUUCAUGACUCCUUCUCUGUGCAGGAAGGUCUCAGUUGCAUCUUUUCAGAAUGGUUUCACCGGUUUGUACAUACAUAAUUUUGUGGAUUGCAAAUACAGGAAAUAAGCAAUAAAGUCUGCAGUGAAUAAAACAAAUACCCUUUGAGACAA